AAAUUAACCGUUUCGUUCAGUUGAAAAUAGCCCAAAAUCAGUCUAGCCCACACAGAUAUCGAAAACGGCGAUAUAUCUUUCGGGAAUCAGUGCAAAAAUAAACCCUUUCGAUCCGAGGAUUUCGCCUUGUAGUUCUACCACCGCGACCGCCCCCUCAAUUCGCCCCCCAGCUGCAGCGCCCACCACCCACUACUACCACUACCAAACACAAGCAGAAAAUUUAUUUGCGACGCAAAAACAAAACAAUCGAAUCGACAGCAGCUGUUUGGCGAUCGAUCGAUGUUAUCGAUCACACACAUGAGCAACAUUGGUGGUGAAGAAGAAGAAGCAGCAAGAGUUAAGCACUACAAAUCUUAGAAAAAUAGUUGCAGGCACUUGGAGCCGAGGUCUUUGUGGGCCGAAAGAUGUCUGUGAGACUGCUGACCGUGCGACUGAUCAAACAUGGUCGCUACAUUUUGCGCAGCUAUUGUAAACGUGAUAUACACGCCAACAUUUUGGACCAGAAUCAAUUGAAGACAAGAAGCAAGCGAGGCUUUCCCCUACCCUCCACCGCCGCCAAUGUGCUGCGGACAACGCCCCAGCAGGCGGCCAAAUCGGUGGUCAAUGUAGUGCCCCGCACCACCAGCUCUCCGGCGGGAUCGCCGCUUAAUGCCAGCGUCAGCAGCCCCACCAGCAACAGUGGAAUCUUCCGCGUGGGCCAGCAUGCGCGUAAACUAUUCAUCGACAACAUCCUCAGCCGGGUGACCACCACCUACUCGGAGGAUCUUCGUCAGCGGGCCACACGCAAGCUCUUCUUUGGGGACUCGGCGCCCUUCUUCGCACUGAUUGGCGUCAGCUUGGCCUCCGGAUCUGGUGUCCUCAGCAAGGAGGAUGAACUGGAGGGCGUGUGCUGGGAGAUUCGGGAGGCAGCUAGCCGGCUGCAGAACGCCUGGAAUCACGACGAUAUCUCCGAUACGCUGGACAGCAAGUUCAGCAUCGAUGACUUGGAAAUCGGUCCGCCCAUUGCCAAAGGUUGUGCCGCUGUUGUCUAUGCAGCGGGCUUCAAGAAGGAUGGUGCUUCGGAGGCUCCGCAGCCCGAUGCGCAGCCGCCGCAGGCAACGCCAGCCUUUGCGCCCAAUAGCUGGAGUGCCCACGAGAUGAUGUCGCCGCUGCAGAACAUGUCGCGCUUUGUUCACAACUUUGGCGGCUCUGUGGACAAUAUCUUCCACUACAGCCAGCCAUCGGCGGCCAGUGAUUUCGUAGGCGCUCAGGCUAGAGAACAGGAGCAGCAGCAGCAACAGCAGGAUCAGCAGCCCAAGAGCAGUGCCUUCAAUGUGACCUCACCAGCGAAUUCAGACAUCAACAGCUCUGCGGACAACUAUCCACUGGCUCUCAAAAUGAUGUUCAACUACGACAUCCAGAGCAACGCCCUGUCCAUCCUGCGUGCCAUGUACAAGGAGACAGUGCCGGCCCGCCAGCGCGGCAUGAAUGAGGCCUCCGAUGAGUGGGAACGUUUGCUGCAGAACCAAACCGUGCACCUGCCGCCGCACCCCAACAUUGUCUGUAUGUUUGGCUUCUUUUGCGACGAGGUGCGCAACUUUCCCGAUGGCCACCUCCUGUAUCCGGUGGCCCAGCCGCAACGCAUCAAUCCGCAGGGCUAUGGCCGCAACAUGUCGCUGUAUCUGCUGAUGAAACGCUACGAUCACAGUCUUCGCGGACUGCUCGAUAACCAGGAACUGAGCACGCGCACCCGCAUUCUACUGCUGGCCCAAAUGCUCGAGGCUGUCAAUCAUUUGAGUCGUCACGGCGUGGCCCAUCGGGACCUGAAGUCCGAUAACGUGCUAAUCGAGUUGCAGGACGAUGCGGCUCCGGUGCUGGUGCUCUCCGAUUUUGGCUGCUGUCUGGCUGACAAGGUGCAUGGCCUGCGGCUGCCGUACGUUUCGCAUGACGUCGACAAGGGCGGCAAUGCGGCGCUGAUGGCGCCGGAGAUCUUUAAUACGAUGCCUGGUCCGUUUGCCGUGCUCAAUUACGGCAAGGCGGAUCUGUGGGCCUGUGGUGCAUUGGCCUACGAGAUCUUUGGCAGCCGCAAUCCGUUCUAUUCGAGCAGCGGUGGGCUGGCGCGCGAGCGCGGUGAGAUGACGCUUUCGCUGAGGAACAGCGAUUACCGGCAGGACCAACUGCCGCCAAUGAGCGAUGCCUGCCCGCCGCUGUUGCAACAGCUGGUCUACAACAUCCUCAAUCCCAACCCGUCCAAGCGGGUCAGUCCGGAUAUUGCGGCAAAUGUGGUGCAGCUGUUCCUGUGGGCACCGUCCAAUUGGCUUAAGGCUGGCGGCAUGCCCAACAGUCCCGAGAUCCUCCAGUGGCUGCUAUCGCUGACCACCAAGAUCAUGUGCGAGGGCCGUCCCCAGUUGGGUGCGGGUGUGAUGCCAGUGGCCACCAGUGGCAGGCGCGCGUAUGUGGAGUACCUGCUCAUUUGCAGCUUCCUGGCACGCGCACGACUGCGUCGCAUUCGCGGCGCCCUUAAUUGGAUCCAGAAUGUGGUGGCGUAGAACCUUCUACUUCUACUUGUUACUCUGAGAAAAUCAAAUGGAAAAGCGUGUGAUACCUAUAUUUUACAUAUGUAUUUAUAAAACAAAUCAAAAUUAACAGCA